GAGAGAAACCACGGACAUAUAUACCACCCUAAACCCCGACCAUUUCUCGCACAUUAUUUCUCUCUCUCUCUCGCCUCUCUUCUCUCUCGGCUAGUCGGCUCCAUCUCUCUCGUUUCGUCUCCGAGAUCACCAUGGCGAAGAUCAAGAUCGGAAUCAAUGGAUUUGGAAGGAUCGGGCGAUUGGUGGCCAGAGUGGCUCUCCAGAGCAACGACGUCGAGCUCGUCGCCGUCAACGAUCCCUUCAUCACUACCGACUACAUGACGUACAUGUUCAAGUACGACACUGUUCACGGGCAGUGGAAGCAUCAUGAUAUCAAGGUCAAGGACUCCAAGACCCUUCUCUUUGGUGAGAAGGAAGUCGCUGUAUUUGGUUAUAGGAACCCUGAGGAGAUCCCAUGGGGUGAAACUGGUGCUGAUUACGUUGUGGAGUCCACUGGUGUGUUCACUGACAAGGACAAGGCUGCUGCUCAUCUGAAGGGUGGUGCCAAGAAGGUCAUUAUCUCUGCUCCCAGCAAAGAUGCCCCUAUGUUUGUGGUGGGAGUGAACGAGAAAGAGUACAAGCCAGAUAUUAAUGUCGUCUCCAAUGCCAGUUGCACUACUAACUGCCUGGCCCCUCUAGCUAAAGUCAUCGAUGAUAGGUUUGGCAUUGUUGAGGGUUUGAUGACCACAGUGCAUUCAAUUACUGCCACUCAGAAGACUGUUGAUGGACCAUCUAGCAAGGACUGGAGGGGUGGAAGAGCUGCUAGCUUUAACAUCAUUCCUAGCAGCACCGGAGCUGCCAAGGCUGUUGGAAAGGUGCUCCCUGCUUUGAACGGCAAAUUGACUGGGAUGGCUUUCAGAGUUCCAACUGUGGAUGUCUCAGUUGUGGAUCUCACUGUUAGGCUUGGGAAGCCAGCCACAUAUGAACAGAUUAAGGCUGCGAUCAAGGAAGAGUCUGAGGGGAAGCUGAAAGGAAUCUUGGGUUAUGUUGAUGAGGACUUGGUUUCCACUGACUUCCUUGGUGAUAGCAGAUCGAGCAUUUUUGAUGCCAAGGCCGGGAUUGCUCUGAACGAGAACUUUGUGAAGCUUGUGUCUUGGUAUGACAAUGAGUGGGGCUACAGCUCACGCGUGGUUGAUUUGGUCCGUCACAUCCACAGCACCCAGUAGAAAUUUUAUGUAUUUUUGGCUGAGUUCUAGUGGUUUGUGUUUCCAGAUAAUAAAUGUCUUGAUGGUCUAUGAACUUUGUUUUAUUUGUUUUGGUUCUGGGAGGUUACAUAUUUGUUUUUGAGUCAAUAUGACCUGGAAUUUUGUUUCUUCCCAUGAGUUGUCUGAUUUGGCUUGCAAUUUAACAUGGAUUCUUAUUUUGCUUUGUUUGUGA